UGCCAUCAGUAUACCUCCACCCUUGGACACAGAAAGUUUUUUAAGGACCUCAGAAGAUCUUCUCUUAUACCAAAAAUAAAAUAAUAAUCGUCCAAAUUAAUAUGUGUUCUAUACAUAAAUAUAAUAUUGUCCAAAUAUUAAUUAUUUAUACAGUUACUACAAAUGUUUACGUAUCACCGGUUACCAACGAUACUACAUAUUUUCAAACAAGACAACUCAGUGGCCAACAAUAUGGUUUGGACUAUAAUUUACAAAAUCACACGAAAUAUGAUGAUAAAAUUGCAGACCGGUCAAGAACACUAUUUGAUUGGGGUAGUCCAAGCGUAGUAUCGAAAGAAGAAAUAAAAGUUCAUUCGAAAAGCAUUGAUACAAAUUCGGAAACUGAGAGAGUUGAAAACAAUGUUUGGUGGCCGUGGAAAAACUAUGAUGAUUGGCUGAAUGGUAGGGGAUUAAAAUCAGAACAGCCAAAAAAACCAGAAAAGAAGAUUCGAAAGGAAAAAAAACAUAAAAAAAAGAACAGGAAAAAUGAUAAAAAAAAUAAGAAGUCAAAACAUAGUAAAAAAUUAAACGCUACAGUCAAAAUCAGUGAUCCUUUAUCGGUCAAUGUCGAAGACAACGAAAUAAUAAAAAAAGUAUCGAUACCUGAAAUACUUUACGAAGCGUCACCUAUUGAUAUUAUUUUAAGAAAUUCUUCUUUAGUUCCAACCUUGGUAAAAUAUACAUCCAGAAAUUAUACUUACGAUGUAAACGAAUGCUUGAUAAAUAACGGAGGUUGUGAAGGACUUUGCAUCAACACUCCAGGAUCCUACAGGUGUCAUUGUCCGCCUGGCUUUAUGGUAGCUGACACCAAAUGCGAAGACAUCGACGAGUGCCUGUUGCGCAACGGGCACGGGCCGUGCCAGGGAACGUGCACCAACACCUGGGGCGGAUACAAGUGUUCGUGUCACGGCAUACCGGGCACCAGGCUGGCCGACGACCGGCACACUUGCGACGACGUGGACGAGUGCCGGGACGGGACGGCCGGGUGUUCGCACCAGUGCAUCAACACGCCGGGGUCAGCGUUCUGCUCGUGUCCGGACGGGUUGCAGUUGGACGACGGAUGGAAAACGUGCGUGGACGUGGACGAGUGUUCGGACCCGGAGCUGCAACAGUCGUCCAACGUGUGCUCCGAACGCGGUUUGACGUGUCUGAACACGUACGGCUCGUACAAAUGCGCGUGACGGCGUUGUGCUCAACACGAAUAUUACCACUGUUUUAUGUAUUUUCGUUUGGAUCGGUUGAGAAGCUGUACGACGACACAAUAAUAAUAUUAUAAUCACAACACUGUCAGCAGCAACACGCGCCCACCGAUUAUAUUUAUAAAACUCACAAAUUCAUAACAAUAUUAUUAAUCGACUAGUCACGAGUGCUGGUUGUUGUUGUUGUUGUUGUUGUUGUUGUUGUACUGGUGGUUAUAUUGUCGGCUCUUGUUAUUAACUACCUACUGUAUAACCUAUUGGUCACGUAUUAUUGUUAUUAUAUUAUUAUCAUUUAGCUUUUACUAUAUAUUUUAAUAUUUACACCAUAAUUUGUUAAUUUUUUUUUUUUUUUUAUACUUUUGAUAUUUUAAAAAAUAUUUGUUUAUUACACGUGUAUACACCCGCACUAGCCCCUUAAAACUCAACGACUAAUAAUCACGAUUAAAAUAAUACAUAUUAUAUAUAUUAAUACGUUUGUCACGAUAUUUACGAAAUGCAUUUUAUUUUUAACCCGUUGUUCAAAAUCUGCUAUUAUACCUAUGUAUGUGUUAUUAUGAUACAUAAAAUCACUGUGCUUAACCAUUUUAACCGUCCAAGCGUCAUACCAUUGGGUAUAGAUGCGAUCACAUAUUAUUGUUUAACAUAGGUACCUACUUAUUAUUUUAUCUUUCAAUAAUAUUAUUGAAUAAAUGGUUUUAUUUUA